ACCAUGAGUUGUUUAGAGUGAGGGAAGAGGAGUAGAUGCAUUAACCGACCAUGUCUCUCUACAAAAAUAGUUAUUUUUUGGUUUCUUUAGUAUUUCAUAUUUACGCCCCUGUGUCUGGCGACGGAGUAAACCUCACUGUUUCAGAUUCAGCCGACAAACUGAAAGAAAUCCGGUCUUUGAGCCCUGCUGCUGCUGCUGCUGCUGCGAUUAGCUCGCCUGUGUUUAAACCUGCUGUGGAUUCCAUCUUCUCUCUUAAUCUGCUGUCUUCAUUCCCUGAAGACCUGGAGAUCAGUGACUACUGCAGCGAUCUGCUUCACAUAUUUGGACAGCGGUACGUCGCCUACGUGAACUGCCUGGUGCCCGCUGCCCGACCAGUCAAAGUCUGCCAGAACUGUUUCUCCAGGUAUGGCAGUCUGAAGGAAACCUAUCAGAACAUCUCAUCGGACCAGAUGGGUCCUGGUAAUGUGAGCUGCAAGGACAGCCUUCUACGCAGUGAUCGUCUGAUGGUGGUUUAUCUGCUGUACAGCAACCUGAAGGAGCUCUGGGGCAAAUCAAACUGUGACAACUGUAUCACUGAGGACUUCCACAGUCUGACCAAUGACACGCUGUACUUCAUGGCCACCCUCAACCAAACGCUCACCUGCUUUGAGAAGUAUCAGCAGGGGAACCACACAGAGCUGUGCAAAAACUGCAAGAGCACAUACCGAGACCUGAAUCAGCUGUACGGCAGCAUGGAGAAGAACCACACCAUGUGUAUCGACAUAGAGGAUGCGAUGAAUAUGACCCGCAGGCUGUGGAGUAAGAAUUUCAAUUGUUCCUUCCCCCGUGAGGAGACGGUGCCUGUCAUCGCUGUGUCCAGCUUCAUGCUCUUUCUGCCCAUCAUCUUCUACUUGAGCAGCUUCCUUCACUCUGAACAAAAGAAACGCAAGCUCAUACACCCCAAACGUGCGAGGUCAUACGCCAGCCUGAUGAACAUCCAGGACAAGCUGAGCUGAAGAGGAGACAGGUGAUGGCUAACAUGGAGGACGGCGGUCUUUUAUUCAGAGUUAUAACCCGGGAGAAGGUUUGACUCCUCGCCACCUCCUCCCUUCUCUUGUGCCUGAGGUUUGACUGAACUCCAUUAACGUAGAGGACUCAACAGCAACAUUUCUUUUUUGUUUUUCCAGGAGGCUGUGACACAAAUCAGUAUUCAGAGGACUUCAAGGAUCUAGAUCAAUUGAACUGAAAGUGAAAUGGGCACAUUUAACAUUUGCUUUAAUGUCCGUCUUCUCACAGUGUAGUGAAUGGCAUUGGAACACAAAACUAAAGGAUGAACAUUUCCACUGAAACAAACAAUUAAGAAAUACAUAGAAAUUGUACACAGGCUGAAUCUUCCUGUCAUAAGAUUAGAUUUAUUCAGUGACUUCUAUCAAACGGGACCUGUGCUGGAAUCAGUCUGUACUUAAACUUUAUGAACUACGAGUCAGAUGCUUCUUCGUGUUGUUGCAUGGUACGCUGGUAAUCUUCAGACUGAUCCUGGCCUCCCCUACUUUCCAACUCGUUAACGAUCUUCAGGUCGUUGGCUGCCACUGGAAAGAGCGAGCGGCUUCAGUGCUGUGUGUGUGUGUGUGCGUGCGUGUGAAAGUGAGCCACUGUGUGUAUGUGCUCUAUUUAUGGGUUGAGAAAUGGGUUCUCUGUCUCUAAUGUAUGUCCCAAAAAGAGCUGCAAAAAGGAAGCACUUGAUGUCCAUUAGUGGUGACAUGAAUCUGCUGUAAGAAGAGGGGGUGCACAUCAGCAGGGUGGGGGCGAGUAAAUAAAGACAUAACACACAUAAUGUAAGAGUACUCCAGAGCACCACGCUGUGCUGUUGCCUGUUUUCCAGUCAGUGUUUUUUGUGGUUGCAUAAAGCUUUUAAUGCACUUUGUUGUCGUUUUUCACUGAUGUUUAACUUAAUUUGUUAAGGGUUUGUGACUGCUCGAGACGGUGAGGUCUCCCUUAUGAGUUGUUGAAUUGAUUAAUUUGCCUAUUAGCAAUGCGAUUGCUGUGAAGUAAUGUAAACCUUAAUCAUGAGCCCAAAUAAAAAUAUGGAC